AUGCUCCUCCGCCGGCUCCAACCCGCAGCGGCCCGUCCCCUCCGCUCCGGCGCAUUCCCAGCUUCGGCCCUCUGCCCAGCGCAGCAGCAGCAGCAGCGCCUCCGAGCUCGCAGUCCCACGGCAGCCGCGCCGUUCACGACCUCGCGCGCACUGCGAGAUGACAUCGCUUCCGUGAACCACUAUGAGACCCUGAAGGUUUCUCACGAUGCCUCACCCUCUGACAUCAAGAAAUCCUUCUACGCCCUCUCCAAAACCCACCACCCAGAUCACAACCGCAACGACCCCAACGCCUCCCGGAAGUUCCAUGCAAUAGCAGAGGCCUACUCCGUCCUGGGCACCCCCGCAAAACGCGCCGCCUACGACCGCUCCCUCCCGUCCUCCGCCUCCUCGCACGGCCACCGCCGCGGCUCCUACCAUAGCACCGGCCCCGCGGGAGGCCGCCCCGCCUCAGGCCUCUCGCGGCGUAGGACGACCUUCCGCGGCCCGCCGCCGAGCUUUUACAGGUCCGGCGGAUGGGGCAACCAGUCGGCGAAGCGCAAGGAGGCGCACGAGGGCAGCACUGGCGACGGGACGGGGGCGCCGAGGGCGCAGCCUGGCAUGGGGCCUGGACAGGAUCCGUACGGGCACACAAGGUCUGGCCACGUGCCCCAUUUUGAUUCGGAGACGCAUACAAAGACGCAGUCGAAACAGGAUUCGCGACGGGCGCACCGUAUUGCGGGUACGGAAGUGCCUAUCGGGCCGCAGGAGACAUCGGUGGGAGCCUUCAUGGUUGUCAGCGGCAUACUUUUCUUUUCCUUUUUCAUACCAUAUGUUGCCGUCGGCGGAUUGCGCCGCAAGAAGAAUGCCAAUUCAUAA